AUGGGCAUGCCUUGGAAACUGGCUGCUCUUCUGAUUGCAUUUUCCGGCACCGCUUCCGCUCGCUUACAUGGAGAUUCCAGCAGCAGCGGCCGAAGACUGGAUGGCACGCGGACUACGCAGGAGAUUAUGGCCGAGCUGGACUCCCUCGUCGGACUCACCGAAGUGAAGGCCCAGAUGCGAGAACUCACGGCCCAGGUGGAGUUCAAGAAGGAGCGCCAGCGCCUGGGUCUGCCCAGCAUCGGGGAGCAGUCGCUGCACAUGUCCUUCCUGGGCAAUCCGGGCACAGGCAAAACGGUCGUGGCGCGUAUCGUUGGUGAGCUUAUGGUUGCUAUGGGUGCCAUCGAGAGCAGCCGCGAGGGAAGCUUGGUGACAGAGGUGAGUCGCGCAGACCUCGUUGGCCAACAUCUGGGUGAGACCGCCAUGCAGGUAGCCGAGGUUUUCGAGAAAGCCAAGGGUGGCGUGCUCUUCCUCGACGAGGCCUAUGCCCUCGUAAACCCCAGCACAGAGGAUAUGUACGGCCAUGAGGCGGUGGACACCCUCAUUAAGCUGAUGGAGGACCACCGUGACAAGGUGGUGGUGAUCCUCGCCGGCUACCAGGCAGAGAUGGUGGAGUUCAUCGCAGCCAACCCUGGGUUCCGAUCCAGAAUUGCCUUUGAGUUCAACUUCCGCGACUACACGUGCCCAGAGCUGGUGCAGAUCGGCGAGACUCUGAUGAAGUCCAAGAACGUCGCACUGCUGCCGGACAAGUCCAUCGGCGUCUGCGCCUCCGGUCAAGCCAAGGAAGUCUGUGACUGGAUGGCGGCUUCAAUACGCUUCCGCACCGGCUGCUGCGACACGGAGGAUUGCGGCAGGGAGGAGAACCGCGCAAACGGCAACGGCCGCACCGUGAGAAACAUGUUGGAGGCGUCCUACCGAGAGAUGGGUAGCCGGGUGCUCACUACCUACCCGCCGCUUCUGCUGACGGAGUACGACACGAAGGUGAAGCCGAAGGUAGGCAGCGACGGCGUGCCGGACCCAGAGCUGAACUGCGAGAAGUUUCUGCAGAUCCGGCACAACGGACCGUUCACGCACCUGAAUGAGACGGGGGAUGCGGAUCUUCGCUGCGCCUUCCGCUUGCUUGAAGCAGGAGAUCUUCUUCAAUCGACUGCCUUGGCUCUUUCAGAGCAGCUCCAGGCGAACUGCCAGCGCACCCGCACUCCCAUCACCGUCAACGUGAGCAGCAUCUUCACAGAGCCCGGGGCAGUGGACCGGCUGGAUUGGUCGAAGCUCCAUGACCUGAUCUUCGGGGAGCACGCGUGUUCCAAAGCACAGGCGGUGCUGAGCGGAGACACCUCCGUAGCACGCUUUUUGCUGGAGGGUGGCGGCGAUUGGGGCUGGGGAUCCCCAGGAGGGCACUGCGACGUGGCUGUGCAAUGCGAGAUGUGUCGAACAGUUGCCCGAGACAGGGACAAGCUGCAGAAGGAUGGCCAAAUGCUGGAUUUUGUGGACUACGACCGCUUCUGCAAGAGUUUCUGGGCAUCAGCGGCGCAUGGGUGGUUCGAACCCGAAGGCUGUCGUGAGUACUGCUACAGCGUGGUGGACCACACGCUCGCCUUGUUGGAGUCGGGGGCUACCUUCGACUGCAUGUACGUCCUUGGGGAGAGGUGCCCCGAGGACACAGAUCCGACCAAGAAGCCACAUCCCAAGGAGCCGAAAGUCGACCCAGGCCGCAUCAUCGACGACAAGGACCGACCCAUCCUGCGGCCUGGCUCGAAGGUCGACCAGCUGAUGAAGGAGUUGGACGAGCUGAUUGGCCUGCAGAGUGUCAAGGCGGGCAUGGCAGCACUUCGAGAUGCCGUGGAGUUCGACAUGUGGCGCAAGAGGUUCCUCGGAAAGAAGGCGACGCUGCUCGGGCAGAGCUUCCACAUGCGAUUUCUUGGCAAUCCUGGGACAGGCAAGACGGUGGUUGCACGGAUUGUCGGCCAGAUCCUUGUCCAGCUGGGCGUGGUCCAGAACGGCAAUACCGACAACUUCGUUUUCAAAGAGGUGUCCCGGCCAGAUCUCAUUGCUCAAUACACCGGGCAAACAGCCCCCAAGGUCAUCGAUGCAGUCAAGUCGGCCUUUGGCGGCGUGCUCUUCAUCGAUGAGGCCUACUCCAUCGUCCUUGCCAAAGACGAUCCGUUUGGCAAAGAAGCCGUUGACACGCUCAUCAAGGAGAUUGAAGACAACCGAGACAAGCUCAUCGUCAUCUUCGCCGGAUACCAGAAGGAGAUGGAUGCUUUCUUUGAGACGAACCCCGGCUUCCAAUCGCGGGUUCCCUUCCGGUUUGAGUUCGCGGACUACAGCUGCCAGGAGCUCGUGGGCAUCAGCCGUUAUUCAGCGAAGAAGAACGAUGUGAAGCCAACGACUAGAGCAGUGGACUGGUUGCAGAAGAUCAUUUCUGCCAAGACCGGCUGCUGCACGGAGGAGGACUUGGAACAGGGCAAAUGCGCUGGCGCUACGCGGGACAAUGGCAACGGCCGGGCUGUGCGCAACGUCCUGGAAUCGGCCAUGAGGGCCAUGUCCGUGCGCGUGGUUGCAGAGAACAAGGGUACGAUGGAUGCUGCAGCGGAGCUCACGGACAUCGACGUGGCGGCAGUGGGCGGCGAGGAGCCUGGGCCCUGGGGAGGUUUCGUUGUCGAUGUGUGUGCCUCACCAUGCCAUGAUGACGCGAGCUUUUGUGGCUCUGAGACGGAAGUGUGGUCUGAAGUCCUCCUGCCUUCUUCGAGAAUGGCAGCCGCACCCCCGGCCGACCGUCGUGGUGAAGCCGAGCGCUUGGGAGACGGUGCAGUGGCUGAGGAGCGCGCACCAGAUCCCGUGCCUGCUGAUCCAAUUGCCCAGCUGAAAGCGCAGCGUGCCAUCUUAAAGAAGGAGCUGAAGGAUUGCACGAAACAGAUGCGAAAUGAGGCCCGUAGAAAGCGACGAUUGCUCAAGAAAGCUGGCAACCUCACGGUCGAAGAGCUCAGCUGGCUGAUGGUACGGCGCACUACACGUGCUGCCUAG